AGGCCUGUGGCUUUAGUUCCUGAUUCCAGUUGUUUGAGUCUGCGACGGCUGAGAAGAAACUCAAGUUAAAGAGUUACGUUUUUGAAUUAUGUAGUAGGACAUGAGCGCUUGAGUUUGGUAUGUACGUAACAGCUUCGUGUUUUACUGUUUUUCUUUACCACGGCUGAAAAUUCGGAUCUAAUCUUCACCGCAUUCAGUGUAGUCUUCACGAGUUUGGAAUGGUUUAUGCUCAUAGCUUCUCAGAGAACAUUUAACGCUAAAGCGGUUAGUACAGUUUAAAGGUUUUAAACUACGAGCAACUACUGUUAGACCAUUUUCUAAAUAAAAUGUUUGGGUCGGUUAGGUUUGGUUCUAUUCUCAGGUGUAGCCCAUUUUAAGUACUUUGUAGUGUAAAAACAAAACAUCUGACAACCGCUAGUGAUUUAACAUCGCGGGAUUCGAGCUUCCCUUUUUAGUUUGCUCUUUCGUUUGCCGUCUGAACCAGCCAAAUGACUCGAGUGACACGAGCAGCAAGCUGCUAACCUGUAGCAAUCGCUGAGCAGCAACUUGUAGUACACUGGGAAAUAAAUACAUACAGAUAUAAAUAAAAACAGAUCUGGAGCGAGAUGGAGGAAGCGUACACAGCCUUGUAUCAGGAAUUCCUCCGUCUGCAAUCCCUAUGUCUAAAACAAGCUGCAAUGCUGCGACAUCUUACCGAGGCACUGAGAAGACAGCAAGGUUCAGCCCCUGUUUCGAAUGGGGAACUUGAUGGCUUAGUUUCUAACCCACUUAAGUGCACACAUGAUGUGUUGGAGACAGUCGCCUUCCCUGAGCAUCAGACCAAAUCAUCUCAAAUACAGAACACUCUACAACACCCCAGAGGUUUGGCUUCAGAUGAUUCUGAGAUAACAGCUGUUGCUGGAGGAAUUGAUAGAUUGCAGUUUGACCCUAUGUGGGGAGAAGUAAGACAAGACAGCCAUGAUGAAGCAACUUCUGUGGGUUUUCCAAGACAACAAGGGUCAUCAGAGGCCAGUAUCACUGAUGAGUUAAGACAGGUUGAGCAGCAUUGGCACAGCAGUGAAGCAGCUAAACAGCAAAGGAGACCAUGGUCCUCCUCAUUCCUGAACAGUGAGUUACUGAGCCAAGCAGGGGGUCUGCUGAUGUCAAGGGUCACAUUGCAAUCCCAGGUGUGUGAAUUCUGCCACGCCGUGUUCCCUGGACACACCACAACAAGGGGAGAGUUCCUUCGCCACCUUAAUACCCACGUCCCCUGAAUGGAAAUGGUGUCUUCGGAAUUAUUAGCAACCUCUACUAGCAACUAUUUGGCAGUAACUGCAGCUGACUUUUAUAGUGCUUUGUGUCAAGAUGGUUAAUGAUUCAUAUAUUGCUUACAUAUGUAAAAUUUGUUUUGAAUCAGCAGUGUAAAGUAUAAUUGAACUGUAUGUAUAACAUUUAAUGUUUACUGAAUUUAUUGAAUGUUUAAUUUAUUGAUCACAAUCAAAUGUAUUAAUUUAAAAUGCUAAAAAAUCAGUAUUCUAGUUCAAUGGUAUCUUGAACUCUAACCUACUGUACUGGUAAGGAUAUAUUUUAGAGUAAAUGAGGACAAAGUCUUUUUGUAAGUUGCUCUGGAUAAGAUACAUAAAUGUAAAAAUAGAGUUGA